AUGAAACUCAAGCACAUCUUCCAGCCCAAUAGGUGGAGCAUCAAGAACAAGAACAAGCAACAAGAAGCUGGAGAUGACCAAACAGUUCAGAAGAAAGAGAUUGAUCCCCUGGCAGAUGAUGUUUCCAAAAGCAACACUGCUUCAGUGUCUUUUUCCUCCAGCAGCUCUUCUCGAAGCAGUAAAAAGAAGAGAAAGAGCAAGAAAAAGGACCGGAGCGGCAGCAACUCCAAGGAAGCCUCCUCUGUUCCAGAUUGUGUCGUCGAGCAUCAAACUCCCAAUGAAAAGUUUAUAACUUCCUUCUUGGCAGCCAUGAACAACCAUCAAAGCAUGGAUCAGCUUCUCAACUUUUUCUCUUCACCAGAAGUCGAGGUCAAGUUUGAAGAUGCUCCCAGCAUUACAGCUGCUAUGUGGGCCAGUGAAACAGAGAAGCUUAGUAAGAGCUUUCCUGACAUCCAAUAUUCUUAUGAAUCCAUAAAGCAGGAUCACCACGGCUUGGUGGUUGUGGAGGAGCUGCAAGUCAGUGGAACCCACUCUGGAGAGCCCUACAGCUUUGCCUACUUCCCUCCAGUUCCCACUACAAACAAGCAUAUUAUUAAUGAUCCAGAACGAGUGUGGUUCAAAGUGAAGGAUGGCAAGAUUGCUUUGGUUCAAGACAUUUCCUUGGGAGAUCUGACUGGCCCUCCUGGCUUUUACGUGCAAAUUGGUGGAAAGAUGGACAUGCCACCACCACUGCCACCAUCCGCAGAAGAGGAAGCCAGUGCAGCUCAAAUUGACUAG